AUCAUCUUCGAUGGUCAAUGACUCUACUCUACCUACCCUCUUUUCACUAUUAAUUGCAACCCACAACGUCAUCUUUCCACCAUUUUUUCUGUAAAUUUUGAUCCAAUUUUCUCCAAAAAUGGCGAUUUCAUCGGCUUCCUCAAACCUUACCUCACUCUAUACACCACCAAUUUCACAACGUACGUUACCAACACCAUCAACCACUCUCUUUUCUUCUUCAAAUUCAUCCUUCGUCACCAACACAUUCAAACCCUUGACCCUCAGAUCCAUUCCACUUAACGCCAAAAAAAGCGGUUUUUCUUGUAAUUGUAUGUUCGGACUUGGCGUGCCGGAGUUGGUCGUUAUUGCCGGAGUCGCUACCCUUGUUUUCGGCCCAAAGAAGCUGCCGGAGGUAGGUCGGAGCAUCGGAAAAACCUUCAAGAGCUUCCAACAGGCAGCAAAAGAAUUUGAAACAGAGCUGAAAAAGGAACCCGAACUGCUUGAAGAGCCACAAACUGGUGGGCUUGAGAUCGUUCAGCAGGAAAUCGAAGACGUUAAAAGCACGAAGGUCAGUUUAUAGAAAGGUUUGAUGUGAAACCUGAUGGCGUGUAUUCGACAUGUUAGAGAUACAAUUAUUUAGCUUAUAUUUGAACUAGAUUUCGUAAACGAACCUAUCUUUGUAUGGCAUCUACUGAGUUUGUUUGAUUUGAUCGUUAAGAAAAAUGCUUGUUAUUUGCUUGCAGUGAUAUGAAUUCAUUUCUCCGUUUUUUUUU